AUGAAUCAAGUGGAAAUUCUCAAGCCUCCUAUUCAAUCAGAGAGUGAUAAAAAGCAAUAUCGUUUGAUUAAGCUUCCUAAUGGAUUGAAAGCUCUUUUGAUACACAAACCAGAAAAUACUUCUGCUGAUGGAAGUGAAAAUGAGAGUCUUUCUUCUGCAGCUUUGAAAGUAGGAGUUGGAUCAUUUGAUGAUCCACAAAAUAUCGGAGGUCUUGCGCAUUUUCUCGAACAUAUGCUAUUCAUGGGGAGUGAGAAAUAUCCCGGUGAUGGCGAAUAUAAUGAAUUUAUAAACUCAAAUGGUGGAGACAACAAUGCAAUGACUGGAGAUGAAGACACAUUAUAUUAUUUUGAAGUAUCUGAAAAAGCUUUCCCCGAAGCUUUAGAUCGUUUUGCACAACAGUUCAUUUCACCAUUGCUAUUGAGAGAUUCAAUAAAUCGAGAACGAGAAGCAGUUGAUUCCGAGUUUCGAAUGAGUAUUAAUAAUGAUUUAAAAAGAUUAAUGGCUUUCUUCAAAACCUUUAUUAGCGAUAGUCAUCCAGGCAGUUAUUUUGAUUACGGAAGUCUUGACACUUUAAAGAAUAAUAUCUCUGAUGACGAUCUUUACAAUGCACUUUGCGAUUUGUUUACUAAAUAUGUUGCCGAUGCUAUGCGUUUGUGUGUUCAAUCAAAACGCUCACUCGACGAGUUACAAAAUAUUGUGGUGGAGAAAUUUUCACACCUCAAAAGCGGUACAAUUAUCAGCAAGCCUGAAAUGAGUUUAAGUGAAAUUGUAAAACCAAAAUUUUACACAAAUAUGUACUUUGUAAAACCAAAAAUCGAAGCCCAAACUUUGAUUCUCUCUUGGUAUUUAAAUUCAAGUUUGAAACAUUAUAAAGCGAAACCUUUCGAUUACAUCGGAGAAAUUCUCAGAAAUCGUGGAGAUGGAGGAUUCAUAAAAUAUUUAAAGGAUAAAAAGCUUAUUUUGCACUCACAAACGCAAGAGAUAAGCACAUCAGUUUAUACACAUCUUUCUAUAAAUAUUCAACUGACGGAUUUGGGUCUUCAACAUGUUGAUUUAGUUCUAAAAGAAGUUUUCUCAUAUUUGUUAAUGAUGAAGGAAACUACGAUUGAAGAACAUGAAAGAUUGUUUAAUGAAUAUAAAGCAGAAAGUGAAGUUAAUUUUAGAUAUGUACAAGAAAAUGAUCCUUCAUUGAAUACUACUAAUACUGUAACCAACUUAAUGCUUUACGAUGAUGCUGACAUACUCAGAGCUAGCGAUGUUUAUCUCGAGUUUGAUUCAAAAGUUAUUCUUGAUUAUAUUGAUAAAUUAAAUGAACGAAAAUUUAACAUCACGAUUCUUGCUAAUGAACAUGAAAGUUUUAACAAGAAGGAAAAGUAUUUCGGUGUUGAAUUCGAUGAGAUUGAUUUCCCAGAAAAAUAUCAAAGAUUGUGGAAUGAACGAACAUUAAACCCAGAAUUCUUUUUGGAAAAACCAAAUCCAUAUAAAGCUACGAACUUUGAGAUUUAUGAGAACGUUGAAGAAUCACCGAAGUAUCCAGUGAAAAUCUAUGAAAGUGACAUUUAUGAAGUCUGGCACAAGUUGGAUGAUCAUUUUAAAUCUCCUCAUGGCCAUGUUUGCAUUCAUUUGGCAUCACCUAAGCUUAUGAACUCAGCUUACAACUUUUUGCUUUUAAGUUUUUUUACGAAUUUUGCGACUAGCAAAAUCGUUGAGAAAUUCUCAUCGGCAUUUAAUGCUGGCUUGAAUAUUCAAAUAAAAAAGACACAAACUGGUUUACAUGUUGCAUUCAAAGGCUAUAAUGAAAAACUUCAUUUGCUUAUUGAUUCUGUAAUUAAAGAAAUUACUAAAUUAAUUGAAGAAGUUGACGAGGAAAAGUUUGAAAUGGUAAAAGAUCAAAUAAAAAAAUCUCAUCGCACCAUGCUUCAAUCGUCAAUUACAUUAAGUAAUGAGCUUAUCCCCAAAGUCUUACAACAUAAUUUUUGGCUUAUUUACGAAAAAUAUAAAAUCAUUGAUAAUGUUAAACUUGAAGAUAUUCAAAAAUUUUCUACAAAAUUUUUCCGUCACAUGAAAGUUCAAGUUUUAGUUCAGGGAAACAUAACAAAAGCGCAAUCUUUGGACAUCUUCAAAGAAUUAGAGAACAAUUUGACUUGUGAGCCACUUGAGGGUGAAUACGAGUUGAAACCUCGAGGAUAUCAACUGCCAAAAGGAAAAUCGGUUCUUAGAAUGAAAUCGCUUAUGCUUAAUGAUGAAAAUUCAGCAACGAUUGUGUAUGUUCAAUCCAAAAAAGAAACAAUUCGUGAUCGUUGUCUGCUGAAAUUGUUGGAAAAAAUGUUAGACGUAAAAGCUUUCGAACAAUUGAGGAGCAAGGAACAACUUGGUUAUCGUGUUGGUGCAGAUGUCUUAGUUAAAGGUGGAGUUUUAGGUUUUUCAAUUUAUGUUUCAUCACAAGAAAGUAAACAUCAUUACUCAAAAGUCUUGAAGAGAAUAGAAGUUUUUUUCAAUGAAACUGCACCAAAAAUAAUUGAAGAACUUGCCGAUGAUGAAUUUGAAAAAUUAAAAGACGCAAGAAUGAAACUUUUAACAGCUCAGGACUUGGACCUUGAAGCAGAAGUUACAAAGAAUUGGUCAGAAAUAUAUCGUCAUUCAUAUAUGUUUGAUAAAAACGAAUUAUCCACAAAAGUAACCAAAAAUUUAACUAGAACUGAUUUGAAAGACUUCUUUGAGUCACUCACAUCACCAGAAAAUUUGAAGAAAUUGAUUGUUCAGGUGGUUGGAUGUUCAGAAAAUUGCAUUACCACUGAAACACAAGAAAAGGGACGCGAACUAAAUCUUGAAUACAUCGCAGAAAAAUUAUCAGAUGACGAAAAUAUUAUCACAGAUAUUGAAUUGUUUCGAAGUUCUUUAUUUCUUUAUCCAUCUGGCACAAUUGAAAUUGAAUAA